AUGGAGGAGAUCGAGAGACGCUUCCAGGCGCUCGAGGGAGCGUUGCAGGCUGCAGAACAACGGGUGCAGGCUGCAGAGGAGCGCGCCCUGGCGGCGGAGUCAGCAGCAGCGAGCGCAGGCGCCGCCGUGAACAGGCCCGUGGCAGCGGCGAGGGCCGCGCCUCAGGACCUGGUGGACACUCGGCUUCUGGCGAAGCCGAAGGCGUUCGGAGGCAGCGAGGACGAGUGGCCAGGGUGGAGCUUCAAGAUGCUCGCGUACCUCGGGGCCCUCGACGAGCAGAUGGCCAACGAGCUGACAGCAGCCAUGACGUUCCCGCUGGAGGAAGUGAGGAACGCGAGACUCCUGGAGGAGGGAGCGAGUCAGCGCAGUCGCCAGCUGUACUUCAUCCUCGUCCUGCUGCUGGAAGGAGCCGCACUGCAGCUCAUCAAGCCAGUCGGCGUCGGAGAAGGUUAUCGGGCGUGGAGGACGUUGCAAGACAUGUACGAGCCCGACAGACCAGGUCGCCAUGCAGGACUGCUGCAAGAGCUGAUCGCGUUCCAGUUCCCAGAGGACAACAUCGUGGGGAUGCUGGCGGACUUCGACUUCAAAGUCACGAAGUACGAGAGCCAGAGCCACGAGAGGAUUGGGGACAGGAUCAAGAUGGCGAUCCUCCAGAGGGGGAUUCAGGACGAGGCUCUUCGAGCGCAUCUGGUCCACAAUGCGUCGAGGCUAGUCACGUGGGAGCUCAUGCGCAACGAAGUGCACAUGGUGAUCUCGACGAGGAGCGCCAUCGCAGCAGUGCCGCCACCAGUUCCGAUGGACACGAGCGCGCAGGAGUCGAAGCCGACGGGAGCUCCACCAGCGGCGAGCGCCGCGGGGAGCGCGGCGCCAGUGAUGGCGAUCGCGACCGAAAGCGGGGCAGAGCCAUUGUGGUGCCUCGCGAUCGAGCUGGGAGAGCUGGGAGAAGGGCAAGAAUCAUCAUCGAGUGGAGCAGCAGCGACACCCUCAGCCCCAGCAACGACAGCGAUCCACCGUCGUUCGAGCGGGCCGUCAAGCGAGCACGAGCAGCCGAGGCGGCCAUCCUUGGUCGGAGGCAGCCCGAUCGAGCGGCUGAGCCCGCCAGAGGCGUCAAGCGAGCACGCGCAGCCGAGGCAGCCAUUCUUGGUCGGGGCCAGUCCGAUCGAGCAGCUGAGCCAGCCAGGGGCAGCAAGCGAGCACGAGACGUUCGAGAGCAAGGAGAUCAUCGGUAUCAAUGAGCACUGGGUCAUGGUGGACUCGGGUGCUGCACGAUCGGUGUGUCCGCCGAGUCACGGGGCCCACGAGACGCUCAGAGACCUGAGCGAGCGCAUCAGGCUGGUCGGAGCGAGCGGCGACGACAUCCCGUGCCACGGCGAGCGCUUCGUCACGUACACGAAGGGCGGGCACAAGAUCGGGGUGGACUACAAGGUCGCCGACGUCAAGAGGCCAGUGCUGGGCGUGUCGCAGGCGGUCGACAAGGGUACGUCGUGGGUAUUCACGCCGAGCGGGAGCUACAUGAUCCCGAAGCCGAUCGAGUUCUCGGACCCAGACGCCGUGCCGCUGGUCAGACGCAACGACCUGUUCUACCUCAAGAUGGACAGGUACGGUGAAGGCGUCAAGAACUCGCUCGUCAUGCCGGUGCGGGGCGAGGAGCCAGGAGGCGAGCCUGGCGGCGCAUCAGCUGCGUCCAGGGCAGCGGCGAGGGCCGCGCUCCAGGGCGGCAGCGGCGGAGGGGCCGCCGCGACUCGCGCUCAGGCCGAGGCGAGCGAGCCAGCAGCGCAGGCAGAGCUCGAGGAGUCCGUGCCAGUCCGAGUCAAGAAGGAUCCAGUGAAGCCAAGCUUGGCCGAGCAGAGGACGCACGAGCUGGUGCACAUCCCUGCGAGGUCCUGGUGCUGGGUGUGCGUCAGAUCCAAGUUCACGGACGACCCACACUACAAGGCUGGGCACGAGCGCACGGGCGACGAGGUCCAGAUCGACUACUACUUCCUGGGCCAGCUGAGCAUCCUCAACAUGGUGCACAUGAACUCCCAGGCUAUUCAUGGCAUCAUGGGGCCGAAGGGUACCGACGCCUACAUGAUCAAGACAGCGGUCGCCACCAUCGAGAACUGGGGGCUGGAUCGCAUCGUGCUGAAGCACGACCAGGAGGCGUCGAUCACGGCCCUGGCGAGGGAGAUCAAGGCUCAGAGGAAGGCGCCCACGAUGAUCGAGUCGGCUCAGCGGGCUAACCAUCAGGGAGUUGGUGGAGUGGAGCGCGCCAACGAGGAGCUCGGCAAGCAGAUCAGGGCGCUGCUGUUCUCGGUGGGCGACAACUACAAGCGGGAGCUCCCAGCCGAGCAUGGGCUCCUACCUUGGCUCAUUCGGCACGCUGGCUGGCAGCUCAACCGCUUCACGAUGCACGGCAACGGCAAGACGACCUACGAGGUGCUCAAGGGGAGGCCGUAUCGGGGCGAGCUCGUCAACUUCGCGGAGUGCGUUUGGGCGAGGGACCCCACGCCGACCUCCAAGCUGCAGCCUCGGUGGCACGCGGCGGUGUGGCUGGGCAAGACAGAGGUCUCGGACGAGCACCUGGUGGCGGGUCCGACGCGCACGACAAGGGUACGCACGGUAAGACGGCGGCCGGAGGGUGAGCGGUUCGUGCUGGAGGAGCUGGACAAGUUCGCUGGGGUGCCGUGGGACAUGCACCGAGCUCCACAGAUCGGCAUCGUGCCGACGGGAGCGCCCCAGGUGGAGCCGAACCAGCAGCGGCUGCUGCCGCCACCUCCGCCACCGCCAGUGGUCUUGCCAGCCGCGGGCCCGGAGGCGCUGGUGCCACCAGCGAUGGUCGGGCCGGCGCCGCCCACGGGGCCAGGAGGCGCAGGGCUGAGAUCGACGUACAUCACGAGAGCGCUGAUCGACAAGUACGGCUGGACCCCCAUGUGCCCGAGGUGCGUCACAGGCAUGGGAUCGCACAGCGAGGAGUGCCGGAAGAGGAUCGAGAACGAGCUGCGCAAGGAGGAAAUGGCCAGGGCAGCGGCGGAGGCCGCGCCCUCGUCGGCAGCGGCGGGGGCUGCGCCGACGCCGGCGGCGGCUGGAGCCGCGCCGGGGCCAGCGGCUGGAGCUGGAGACGGCAGGCCAGGAUCGUCCGGGGAUGCCAGCAUGGCACCUCGCGAUGACCAGGGCGAGGCUUCGGCGAAGAGGCCGCGCCAGACAGCGGCGAUCACAGUCGGGUCGCUCGCGGUCGGGGCCUUCGUGGAGAUCAAUCCCUGCACGUACGAGGGCCUAGACCAGCAGUCUCACGAGGAGCUCGAGACGGUCACGGAGAUCGAGAGCUGCGAGCCGCUGGAGAUCGGGAUGUUCGAGGUCGGCUCCGUCGAGCCGUCGGCGAUCACGGUCCUGCCAGACGCGGAGAAGCACGUGUACGACGCGAGGAGCGGGAAGGAGCUCCCCAGGGACCUGGUCAGGCGCGGACGCGAGGCCGAGAUCGAGGAGAUGCGGCGACACGGCGUCUUCGAGGAGGUCCGCGUGGCCGAGAGUCGGGGCAAGGGAUUCGUCUGGAUCGGCGACACGAAGCACGUGACGAGAUGCGUGGAGCUGCUGGGCCUUACGGAGUGCAAGCCAGCGGACACGCCUGGGAGCAAGGCCACGGGCAAGAGCGUCCGGGAGGCGCUGGACCCACUUCCACACGACGAGGCGAAGCUCUACCAGCAGGUCGCGGGGCUCGUCAACUACGUGGCGGUAGACAGGCCAGACAUCCAGUUCGCAGUGAAGGUGAUCCUCACGGACAUGGGGAAGCCCACAGUCAUCAGCAUGCUUAGGCUGAGGCGGUGUGUGCGGUAUCUCCACGGUCGGCGCGAGCUCGGGUGGUUCUACGAGAAGCAGGAGAUGCCGAAGGAGGUUCUCUACGAGACGGACUCGGACUGGGCAGAGGAUGAGAUCACGAGGAAAUCGACCAGCUCCGUGUAUGGCUUCUUCGGCAGCCACCUCCUGGAGACCCAGGUGGCAUCGCAGCCCGUCGUCGCGCUCAGCAGCGGAGAGGCCGAGUUCUAUGCCAUCGGCCGAGGCGCGGCGAGUGCGAUCAUGAUGCGGCAGUUCUAUCAGCAGUGUGGCAUCGAGGUCGCGUCGAAGGUUCACAGCGACUCGAAUGCAGGCAGGGCGAUCGCGACACGGAUCGGCAGUGGCAAGGUACGGCAUCUACAGAUACGGGACCUGUGGGUGCAGGAACGAGUCAGGCUCGGCGAGUUGCAGCUCGGGCGAGUCGACACGGAGAGCAACAGGAGCGACUUGGGGACCAAGCAUCUGGACGGCAAGCGGGUGCUCAAGUUGCUGGAGAUGUCCAACCUGCGGCUUCUGACCAAGGGGCUCGCCGCAGGUGUGGGCGUCACUUUCGCGGAGGCGGCCGAGCAUGGAGACAAGCAGUGCUCUGCAGCCGCCGACGACGAGGUCGAGUCGAACAUCGGCUCGAUCGUUCUCGCCAUGAUCAUGUUCAUCAUCGUGCUGGUGCUCGUGGUCAAGGGCGCAGCCGACGACACGGCGAGGCCCGAGGCGUCGUCGAAGGACGCGCCUGAAGGGAAUGUCGUUUCUCGGGCGGCGGCGAUGGCCGCGCCUGAGCGGGUCGCCACAGGGCGAGACCUCGGUUCGGAGUACCUCGGGAAGAUGCUGGCUGAGGCCACCGUGGCAGAGCUCAAGGAGGAGCUCAGGUGGCGGAAGCUGCCAGUGGGCGGCUUGAAGGCGGACCUCAUCGUCCGUCUGACGAGGGACGGCGGCCAGCACAUGGCCAGCAGUGAGGGGCUAGCUGCAGCGGCAUGGGCCGCGUGGCUGGUCCCAGGCAGGGUGCCCAUCCGAGCGUUCCGCUCGGACGCUAGCCUAGGCGCGCACCUAGCCGAGGGCGCGCGUCAGGCGCAGGCGCGCGGGAGCCACGGCGGGGACGCCCGCUUUGGCUUGAGCUUGAGCCUUCAGAAGGGAGGCUCGAGCCGCAGUACAGAGAAGAUGCAAGGCGACGCGCUCGCCUGCAUCUUGGAGGAGCACGGGGCGCGCCUGGAGAGGCCAGAGAUCUUGCCGCUGGACCCCACCAAAGCGGGCAAGCAGGCGUUCCCGAUCACCACGUACCAGCCGCUCUAUUUCUGCGCGGAAAGCCUGGCGGAUGCGAAGCUGCGCUUUGCCCCCAGCGGGGCUGCGCGGAUCUCGCACUUCUGCGACACCAUGCCGCGCCCCUUCUUCCCGCAGUACGAUCCCCUCACGCAGACCAUCAAGGUGCCCAAGGCCAUCCAGCGGGCACCGCGCACGUCGACCGUGGAGCUGCAGGCCAGGCGGCAGAGCGAGUAUUUCGACGCCAAGUAG